GAUCACGCGGCGCGUGACCGGAGCGCAGAGCAGCGACCCCCGCGCGCCGCCAGCGCAGGUAUGGACGAUGGGUUUCUCAUGGAGGUGUGCGUGGACUCGGUGGAGUCCGCCGUCAACGCGGAGCGCGGAGGAGCUGGGCGGAUCGAGCUGUGCGCGGGCCUCGUGGAAGGAGGGACCACCCCGAGCAUGGGGCUGCUGCAGGUGGUGAAGCAGUGCGUGCGGGUCCCGGUGUUCGUCAUGAUCCGGCCCCGCGGCGGGGAUUUCCUCUACUCGGACCGGGAGGUGGAGGUGAUGAAAGCCGAUAUCCGSCUGGCCAAGCUGCACGGCGCUGACGGGCUGGUGUUCGGGGCCCUCACCGAGGACGGGCGCAUCGACACGGAGCUCUGCACGGCGCUGCUGGCGGUGUGCCGUCCCCUGCCAGUCACAUUUCACCGCGCCUUUGACAUGGUGCAUGACCCUCUGGUGGCACUGGAGACCCUGAUUUCCCUGGGGUUUGAGCGGGURUUGACGAGUGGCUGUGACAGCUCAGCACUGGAAGGAUUGUCCUUGAUUAAGAGGCUUGCAGAGCAGGCAAAGGGCAGAAUUGUGGUGGUGCCAGGAGGUGGCAUYACGGAGCGAAACCUGCAGAGGAUUCUGGAAGGCUCUACUGCCUCUGAGUUUCACUGCUCUGCUCGCUCAGCUCGGGACUCAGGGAUGAAGUUCAGAAAUCCGAACGUUGCCAUGGGAGCGUCCUUCUCUGCCCCCGAGUACUCCAUAAAGGUGGCAGAUGUGGCCAAAGUGAGGACCCUGAACGCCAUUGCCAAGAACAUUCUGUAGGCACCGUGCAGGGACAAGAACGCUGAGGCUCCAGGGUCUGCCCUGGCACAUGGACAGAUGGGUACUGCUUCCGUCCUCAGGCUGCAGAGGAUGUGCACUAGGUGAUGAAGCCUGACACCUCUUCCCUUGGCUUCCCCUGAAGUCCCUGGCCUGGAAACUUAUGUUGGCCGUUUUAAAUAAAAGGACUCGUUCCCAGAUGUUGCAGCAACAGCUGUUUGGCAGCAUUUGGGAGGAAGGGAGUUGAGCAAGUUGGGGGACUGAAUUGUGUAGCACUGCAUGUGAUUGUCAAAUAAACACUGCAGCUGCCCCCCUCUUGCUGUCUAA